GUAUCGGUACAUCCCUAUAAACAACAGCUGAUUUGUGUAAAAUUCAUUCCGGGACGUGCAUUUUAUUCAUUUGAUUGUGUUUACUGAAAUAUCUUAUUUAAAAUGAGUAAGAUCAAGAAAAAGACUAAACCCGGUAAGAUUCCGAAACCCAUUAAGGUUAAGAAAGAAAAAACUGAAGAAGAUCGCACGCUUCACCCAAUGUCUCACUACAUAGACGACCGACUGGAAUUGGUGAAACAAAUCUUUGGAUCGCUGAAGCCGAAAACAAUUACAAACUUAGCACCAGAUUUUCUAAAGCACAAAAGCAUGGACGAAAUUGAAGAGCUCUGCUUGAACGAAUUGCUUGGCAUAUCAACAAAGCGAUUAUUAUCCAUUAUAAAUGCCACUAAGUGCCCCACUGACACAGAAUCCUCGGGCGAAUCAGAUGUUGAGCAUCAAGAGGAGCACAUCUCGCUUGAAGAGAUUUCUUCGGACAGUGAAAUCGAAGGCUCAUCUAAUGCAGGAAAGAAAAAGUCCAGCGGAGCUGAUGGUAAAGGUGGUGCCAAAAAGUCUGCAAAAGGUACAGCCGGAAAUGAUGAAAAUAAUGGCCAAAUAAGCGUUUUGGAAUUACUGGAGUUACAAGCACGUGCGCGUGCUAUUCGAUCUCAAUUAGCACUUGAGCCAGUGACAAAGAUCGAAGUAGACUCAGACGACGAAAAGGACAGUGAAAAAAAUGGUAAUGAAAAAUCCACUAAUGGAGCAGCUUCCAAAGAGCAUAAACGCAAACAUAGGCGUAAAUCCAGCGAGAAAAGUAAAGAUGCGGAAAAGACGCAAUCUACGUCUACUUCAGCUGCUGCACGGCCGCCAGCAACAGCGAAGGCAAGUAAAAUAACUACCAGCUCUGCUUCGGAAACUCCCAGUACUUCAACUAAGAAGGCAAAGGCAAAGGAAGAUGAAGCUCAGCCAACAAAAACAAACAAGUUGAAGAGAAAUUACCGGGCGAAAAAUAAUGAACCCGAAACUGCAGCUAACGAAAGUAAAAAGAAGUCUAAAAACAAAGUAUCAGAUGCUGCACUGAUGGCGAUUACAUUAAAAGAGGUUAAAAAAGAAGCGAGAUCUCGUUCAGCUACACCGGAUGUAAUACCAAUAAUUCCGGAGCCAGAAACUUUGUUAAUUAGCGAUAGCUCGGAUGGCGAAAAUGAUGAAAUGAGAAAGAAGAAAAGGACACCAAUUGAAAGCAAUACAACAACAACUAAAAACAAUAGUGAUGCCAGCAAGGAUAUCGAAAAACCGCCAAGAGAACGAAAGUUAACUGAACCCGAAGAGGGUGAAGUUGUUGAAAUCCCAGUUGAGAAGUCAACUGCAGCUAAGAGUAAUGAUAAUAGUAAAGCUACUGAAACUCCUGCUGCCAAGCCAACUGCCGCUGCGGCUACUGAAAAUAAGGAAUCAGAUUCGAGCGCGGAAAACAUUGCAAACACUGAGGCGUCGACUGCAGAAGUGGCCAAGCCAGAUAACAAUGAAACUGCAGUAGUAGACAAAAAACCACUUGAAGCUGCAAUAACAACUACAACAAGCGAAACAGCCACAACUACAAAUUUAGUAGCCUCUACAACAACAACAACAACAUCAACAACAACUAUAAAAAGCACAUCAACCACUGUUGCAGUACCAGAGGAGCAAUCCAGCAUAGCACCCAGUCUCGAAGAUGAGGACGAUAGAAAUGAUGACGUUAUAUCAUUGGAAGGUGGUGAUCUCGAGGAGGAGAUGAUUGAACAUCUGGAAGAAGAUACAAAUACAAAAUCAUCAUUUGCUGCUACAUCACCGAAAAGGAAAAACUCCACAGUCCGCGAGGAACAAGAUGCUGAUGUAAUAUCGUUGGACUCGAGCGAGGAAGAAGAACGGAAUACAGAGAGUUCGGAAUCAUGGCAUUCGCGCUAUUUGAAGAGUUCCAAAGUGAGCAAAGUUUUGGCUACAUCUCGUUUAGGUAAACGUCUACGUGACAACAUUAAAAAAUCUAAGCGUUCCAAAAAAGAUACGGAACGUGAAAAGGCGCCUGAAGAGAAGGAAAAAGCGAGUACAAGUUUCGCUUCUAAACACGAAGAUGGCUCUAUUGAGCAAUACAAGGAGUUGUUGGCAUUGCGACAGCGUAAAAAACAAUAACAUAGCAAAUGUGGAAGUAGUUUGAACUUGCACAUACAUACAUACACACAUACAUAUAGGUAUGUAUGUACAAACAUAUAAACCGAAAGCGGUAGUAUUUUCACUACCAAUAUUAAUAUUCAAGCAUAUACACAAAAAAAAUAAAAACAAAUAGUUAUACACCUAGAUACGUACAUAUUUAUGCAUAAUUGUAUAAAAUCGAUACAUUUAAUAAAAACUAAA